AUGCACAGAUACAGCCAAGCCGGUGGCGACGGCCCAAUUCUAGAUUCAAAUGCUCUGGUUCUCUACUUCCCCGGCCCCAAGACGGUAACCGGAGAAGACGUCCUAGAACUACACGUCCAUGGUGGUCCCGCAACAGUCAAGGCGGUCCUCGCAGCGAUACCGAAGUGUCCGUCUGACACCCUGAUCCGGUACGCCGAGCCCGGAGAGUUCACCAAGCGUGCCUUCCUCAAUGACAGGCUUGACCUCGCCCAGGUCGAAUCCCUCGGCGACACGCUCUCCGCCGACACGGAGCAGCAGCGCCGCGCCGCGGUGCGCGGUAGCUCGGGCGUGCUAGGGCGCACCUACGAGAGCUGGCGCCAACAGCUACUGCUUGCCAGGGGCGAGAUCGAGGCCCUCAUCGACUUUUCAGAGGACCAGCACUUUGACGAGUCGCCCUCGGAGCUAAUGAGCAAUGUCUCAGCGCUCGUGGCUGAUAUGCGGCACAGCAUCCGGGUGCACGAGGCUGCCAGCCAGCGUAGCGAGCUGUUGCGGAACGGCAUCCGGAUUGCCCUUCUUGGCCCGCCCAAUGUUGGCAAGAGCUCACUGAUGAACCUGAUCGUCGGGCGGGAGGCGUCAAUCGUGUCGAUGGAGGCAGGAACUACACGGGACAUCGUCGAGGUAAGCCUCGAUAUUCGAGGGUAUCUCUGCUCGUUCGCGGACACGGCAGGUAUCCGGACCAAGUCCUCCGUGGGCCUGGGCGGUGACCUCUCCGAGCCCGCGUUAGGGAUUGUCGAGGAGGAGGGCAUCCGCCGCGCGAAGCAGAAGGCGUCGGAAUCCGACAUCAUUGUCGUUCUAGCGGCGGUGGAGCCGGGGCGUGACGGGGGCUUCCGGAUCAACUACGAUGCGGAGACGUUGAAGUUGGCGUCGGAGGCGCAGGCGUGUCUCAUCGUCGUGAACAAGCGAGACGCUGUUGACGAGUCCACCUUUUCCGGCCUCCUUGAUCGAUUUAGGAGCGAGGUAGCCGAUCACGUCCCGGGCAUGGCUCGGACGGAGCUCACCACAAUCUCUUGUCGCGAAGCGCAAGCAAAGAGUACGAAUGAAAAGGACCCCGGCGCCAUCCACGGACUCAUCGACCAGCUGGUCGAGUCGUUCGCGGGCAUGACAGCCCUACCUACAGACCAGCAAGACCUGUUGGGCGUCACAGCGAGACAGGCACAGCUGCUUGAGCAGUGCCGCGGCUUCCUCGACGACUUCAUAGCCGUAGCCCACCCCGAGGAAGAAGGCGAAGAGCCUGAUAUCGUCCUCGCGGCGGAACACCUCCGGUACGCGGCAGACUGUCUCGCCAAAAUCACCGGCCGCGUCGAGUCGGGCGAUGUCGAAGAGGUUCUUGGCGUAAUUUUCGAAAAGUAA